GGGCGAUAGGCGGAAACCCGCAUAGCCAUAGGUUGACACCCGGGGAAUCUUAAUCUAAUGCGGGACCGGGGAAACCGUUUGCGAAUGUACCUGGAUAUCUCUAUUCCUCAUACGCAACCUUGCUUUUUCCACCAUCCGUUUACAACACUUCCCCCUCCAGAUACACAUACAUGUUUGCCGCGAAUUAUAGCUUUGAGCUUUCCUAAUUUCUAAUAAUAGCAUGUAUGUGCCAUCGAUUUAACCGACUUGUACGCAUAACGGUGCAGAUAUUCUUAUUCGCGUCUCUAGUACGAAAUGGGUGUCUCACUUAAGCAAGCAGAAGAAUGGGAGGGUUCAUUAUACCACAACGACCCGGCUGCCCUGGUGUAUUUUACCACUGAACGAACUAAGACUUGGGAAACUCGUCUCGAAGAGUACUAUAAGCGGAGAGAAGUAUUGAUGGGAGUCGAGAUGGAUGCCGAUCAGCUAUUGCUUCGCUACAAGGAGAAGAAGCGUAUUGGCACCGAGUUUCACGGCUUCAUGAGCUUAUCUCUUGAGCUGCGCGAUAUGAUCUACAAGUAUCUUCUCGAUAAGGGCUCGGUUUUCUUACCGAACUACCUAGAAAUAGGAAUAUCAGGUAUUCCCAACACUGAACACGCUGUCUAUGAUUUCGAGACCCGUGGUUUCUAUGGGGACUACUUACGGUAUCGGGGCCUCCCAAACUGGCGCUUCAGGAACAGAUCUGUGAUACGUCCCAUUGGGUUGAUAAAUGGUGUAAGCAGAAACGUUCAUGAAGAAGCGACGACCAUAUACUAUGGCUGCAACCGCUUCGUCUUCCCCUACGGUCCCUUUUAUUUGCCAAUAACUUCGUCUUCUUCCCACGAGACGGAUUCCUGGCAGGAGGGGAUGUACACCCCGCCCUUUGCGCUUCUCAGUUACGUUAGCUUCACCUUCGACAUGCGAAACAUAAAUGCCUCGGACCAGGUUGAGAUAUAUCAAGAACGUAAGGAACAUAAGGAAUUAUCCGAGUCAAGUGGAAAUGAUAAUCAAGAGUCGGAGCCAUUACAGCCGAGUAACUAUCUGAUAAACUUCCACGAUACGAUGAGAAUGGAUCUGCUGGAAUCCUGGGACACUGUCUUCGAUGAAAUUCGCAUGCUAGUGCCCGACCGAUUGGAACUGAGUUUCGAGGAGUGCUACUGUCCGUUGGGGUGUUGUCGAUUAGUUAAUGAAGUGAUAAAGCGGCUCCGUUUUUGCGUGCCACCCGCGGUCAUCGAGAUGAUAGGGUGGUAUGAUGAGAAUGAAAGAGAGAGGAUUAAGGAGGGUAUUAAGGAGGGUCUAGAUAAAUUCUUCAAAAAGAAUGUAGACUCAGACGUUCGAUUUGUUGGGAAGUCGACCAAGGAGCUCAGAGCGGAAUACAAAGCCAGUAGGUUUCCGCUUUGAGUCCCAGGUAGUAGGCAUACAGAUGUGUCUCGGUUGAAUUAUACGGGUUGCUAUUAUUCUAUGAUAUGUUGAUGACGGUAAACUGCUAGGUUGGUAUCGUAUAUUUAGGAUUAUCAAUAUAUACCAACCUACUAAUGUACGUGGACUACACAAUCGGAAUAAAAAUACAUAAUUAAAUUCAAUUUAAUAAUGUUCGCUACUCGAAAAA